AUGCUGCUCUGUGCCCUCGCCGUCCUCCUCUGCGGCGCAGCAGCGCCGCCUGCAAUGGAUGCCACUAAAAUGGCAUUAAAGUGGCACUAA